AUGGUUUUUCUUCGGGUUUUCAACUUUCGCUCUUAUUCGCUCUCAAUUCUUUUGUCUGUCGUUUAUUCCACAGAACCAAUUUUCAAAAUUACAUUCUUUCUUUCUUUCUUUCUUUCUUUCUUUCUUUCUUUCUUUUCCCUUUCUUUUUAUCCGUCUUCUUUACUUCUCUUUUCUUUCUUAUAUAUUUUUCAUUCUUCUUUCUUUCUUUCUUUCUUUCUUUCUUUCUUUCUUUCUUCAAUUGUUUUUAAUUAUUUUUUCAUACACAUAUUGACGAAAUUCUUUCUUUUUAUCCAUUUUCUUAUUUCUUUCUUUCGUUUUUCUUUCUUUUUUCUCUUCUCUUCUCUUUUUUUCAACCCCAAUAACUUGUUUUUUCUCAAUGAGAAUAUUUUGCUUGAAUCUUUUUUCAUCUAUCGAUCAUGUUCUUUUUAUUUUUUUUCUCUUUCUUUCUUUCUUUCUUUCUUUCUUUCUUUCUUUCUUCAAUAUUUUUUUAAUUAUUUUUUCAUACACCUAUUGACGAGAUUCUUUCUUUUCAUCCAUUUCUUUCUUUCAUUUUGUUUGUUUCUUUCUUUCUUUCUUCUCCUUUUAAUCCCCAGUUUUAUUUCUUUAUUUUUUCUGAAUGAGAAUAUUUUAAUUAUGUUUCUAUCUUUUUCUUCGUCUAUCGUGCUCUUUUUAUCCAUUUCCCUUUCUUUCUUUCAUUCUUUCUUUCUUUCUUCAAUUAUUUUUUUUAAAUCACCUCAUUUUCUCUUUAUCAAUUGA